CUUUGCUGUAGACUCAAGAUACACAGCCUCAAUUCACCUUCAUCAAUUGACAAACAUUCACAAUCAUGGCCCCAACAGACGCAGAGAUCAAGGCCACAAUCAAGGCAGUUGUAGACGACUUCAGAGGAUGGGACCUCGCACCAAUAAUGCACUAUCCCAGUGAAGAAGGCCUCGAAUUCGAAGACAUCUACUUCCCCUCUGACGACGGUGUUCCUCUAGAAGGCUGGUUCAUCCCCUGCAAAAGCUCCAACAAGAUCAUCAUCGCCAACCAUCCCCACUGGUUCAACCGCGCCGGGAUCCCUUCGCAUCUGGAACCUUGGAAUCAACUCAUGCCCGGGAAUGACUUUGAAGUCAAUUUCAUUCCUGAUUACAAGAUUCUUCACGAUGCGGGGUAUAAUGUCCUUGCGUAUGAUUUGAGGAAUCAUGGGCUCAGUGGAGGUGGGAAUCAGGGACUCUUUGGCUUCUUUGAGUGGCGCGAUGUUCUUGGAUCGUUGAAGUAUGUUCGUGGACGGGAGGAUACGAAGGAUAUGACUAUUGGAUUGUUUAGUCGUUGCGCUGGUGCAAACGCAACACUUUCAGCGAUGAGACAUCGUCCUGAAGCCUUCAGGGGCGUACGAUGCAUGGUUGCACCCCAGCCUAUAUCAGCCGGCUCCUCCAUCGCAGUGAUGCUUGAGAAAAUGGGCGCUCCAGCAUCAUACAUGGAAGAAGCUGAUCGACAGUUCUUCAUGAAGACGAGUUUUCAUAUAAGUCAAUUGUCGCCGCCGACUGAUGCGAAGCAUGUCAAUGUGCCGACGUUUUUGUAUCAGGUUCGGGAUGAUCCUUGUACGAUGCCGAAGGAUGUUCAAUCUGUUUAUGAUAAUAUUCCUAUCGAGGAUAAGAAGUUGAAGUGGAUUGAGGGGACAGAGAAGAGGUGGGAUGGAUAUACGUAUUUUCAGAGGGAGCCUGAUCAGUUCUUGGAGUGGUUUGCAAAGUUCAUGAACUAGAUAC